AUGGUUAGUUUAUUAGCUGAACAAUUUGUUGAAAUAAGCUGUAGUCUCAUCCUUUCAUUUGUUUAUGGAAUGAGUGAAUAUCGCAAAUACUUACCAUCAUCGAAUGAUAAAGUGCAUCUCGUUCUUGAUUGGCCACUACAACGAUUUAUUCUUUCACAUACUGCUGUAAAAUUAUUUAUAUCACAUGGUGGAUGGAUUAGUGUAUUCGAGAAACAUGAAUUUAGUACAGGUCGAGUUAUUCCGAAUACGAAACCAAAUGGCUGCCAACGUCUGAUACCAGCUGAUGAAAUUAGUCAAUAUGUUCAACAAAUAAUAGAUCAAAACGUGACCUAUGGUGAAAAAGCUGAACAAUUGCAAUCAAUAGUGGGAACAUCAACUAAUGUGCGAAACUGUGUAGAUGGUACGCUUGGUUCAUUUAAUGAUUGUUCUAAAUUAAACAAGAUCACUGUGCACUUGAACAAGUAG